UAAUUCGCAGUUGAGUUUUGACUGCCUAUAAAUAACAGAAAGAUAGAAAAGGUUGUAGGUGUUCACAGCGCAAAAACUCUGGUGUUCCUCCUCGUCUCUCUCUCUCUCUCUCUCUCGCUGAAGCAGCCUCUAGCUACAGAGCUUGCUAGCAUCUGCAACAUCAGAGCUCACCAUCGAAGCAGCAAGAAGAGCUAGGAGUUCUCAGUCUCGCUGCAGAGCGAGUGAGCAAGACAAGCGAGGAAAGGAAGGAAAAGAUACAUGUCGUGCGCGGUGGCACGGUCUUCUCGCCGUCCCGCCUCGGCCUGCUCACGCCUUGGAGAGAGCCACCACUGCUCCGCCGGCGCCUCCUUCCUCCCGGCCUCGCCGCUCCGCCCUUCGCCCUCCUCCGCGCGCGCAUCCACGCCGUCACGCCGAGCCCUCCCCGUGCGUCGCCCAGUCGCCGGCUCGCCGCCCGCCGCCAAGGCUGCGGACUCUUCUUCUUCUGCUGUUGCUAAAGCCCGGUCAAGGGCCACCUCCCGGCGCCUCUCCUUGUGCCGGCCGUGGUCACUGUCGCACCGGCGGUGUUGGAUUGGAGGCCGCCAAGGCGAAUGGGUGAUGGUAAUAAGCCAUGCAUGUGGCAGUGGUGUCCGGUGCGUGCGCGCGCUCCGGGUCCAGCUCGUAAGGCAGCGGCUGUUAGCUAGAGUUGUGGUCUGUGUUAGUGCAUGGCAAUGCAUGGCUGACUUAGUUAGCUAGUGGAGCCCUUCUAGGAGUGGAUGAGUGCGUGCAAUUAGUGGCCGUGUGGUGGCCGGGUCGUGCGUGCGUGUGGUGGACUGGAUGUGUGUGCCUCGUGUAUAAAUCUCCGGCCUCUGUACUGGUUGCGUGAGCCGAGAGGAAGAAAUACAAGAGAGGAAAAAAGGCCCCGGCGUUCGUCGCCGGGGCGGGCGUCCGUCGCCGUGGGUGUUUGUCGCUCGGCAAAAUCGUCUUCUCGUAUUCUUGUGAUUGUUUGUCGAUCCUCGGUUCCAACAAUGGGGUGGACGACGUGGCACACGGUGGCGGAGCAGGGGGACGGCUUCGCGGCCUUCCGCCAUGUCGCCGCCGUCAAGCUCGGCGGGGACCGCGUGCAGGCCCUGUUCGGUGUGGUCGACGGCCACGGCGGGAAGAGCGCCGCUGAGUUUGCCGAGGACAACAUGCCCAGGAUCUUGGCGGAGGAGCUGGAGGAGAGGUUGGCGCGAGGAGCUGGGCGCGCUGCCGUGGAGGGCGCCCUGAGGCGGGCGUACCUGCGCACCGACGAGGAGUUCCCCUCCUCCUCUUCCAACAACCUGGAGCAGGCGGUCGGCGGGGCCUGCUGCGUGACGGCGCUGCUCCGCGAGGGCGGGCGACAGCUGGUGGUGUCCAGCUAGUUCACGGGGAUGGACCAAACCAUCACAUCCUGGACAAGUUCUAGGACUUGUGGCGCUAUUACCUCAAUAUAAUAACUCCUCACCAUCGUCACAUGUGCAUGACGCCACUAUACUAGGUCAGCACCAGCGCCGUGGCAUGUUCCCUCAACACGAUCUCCUCCCAUCACAAUGCCCUCCAUGGUUUAUUUUGAUAAUUGGCGAGGUC